UGUCAAUUCACUCAUGAUUCACCGAGCUCUGUAAUAUUAUUUUCACCUGAAAAUAUGAUAGAAGGCCAAAGUUAAACCAUAGCCAGAUUCAAGUCUGAAUUACAAUAUAAUAAUCAACUAACAUUAGAAGAAACUGUACCGACGGACAGAAUGUGGAAAGUAAAACAAUGAAAUAACCACUCAACAUAAGCCAAAUAUCAAUUUGCUAGAAUUUAUCUUCGCGCGAUAUCAGCUCUAUAUCGUCACGAUGGUCAAUAUAUAAAGAAGAUAGCUAAUAUAAAAGUAAGUGUUGCUGUUUGGCAGCACCCGAGUUACCAUGAAGGUUCUAAUAUUUUUGGCAAUCGUCGCCACUGCUCAUGGAUUGCUCGGUUCACGGAAACCCGGACUUCGUGUCAGAUUUGACCUUGGACUGGCUAUCGGAACCAAGUUCUUCAUCGACAUCCCCCAAACAGCCACUGAGGCGAAGGCGCAAAACUGGCAAGCAGUGGAUCGGCCUCAAGGACUGAAGAUCUUGCCUCAACUGGUGCUGUACUGCUAUUCUGACCAUGUGCUGUGCGCGUUCUACGAUGAUACCGAAUACGUGGCCGGCCUUCAGAUUGGUCUCUCUGAUGAAGAAUUUACUGAUGCAGUUUUUGACAUGAAUGUGCAAGGUUACACCAGCUGGACUACAACAGUGAAUGGAGUUAAAAAACACUUCUGGACUAUUCAACAAUAUUUCGUGUCCGAAGAGUCAUUCCAAAAAAGCAAAGAAGAACGUUUGGCCGCGCGUAAUACCGAUAAAACCCUGCAGGAGAAUGCAGUGUGGGUCACUGGCUUUAACGGCGAACUGUUAAAGGUGUCUUCGAGCGCUCAGGAAAUCAACGACAACAGCCCCUUCACUAGACAAAGUUGUAUUCCUUGGAUGGGUCGCCACUAUUACUACAACAUGACGGAGUCAACCGAAUGUACUGCGGACGGAAUGUUUCCCUGGUUCCCGUUGGUAGACUCUGGCGAGCUGAUAGCCACUGGUUUUUUAACCUUUGGAAAAAUUACAAUCAAACAAGGACAAAGGAAUUGGUUUGAGAAUCCUCCCCUUGCUAUUGUAAAGCUUAUCGUCCCGCACGGCCCGCAGUGUAUGUAUGACCUGGUUACAAAGACAGGCGCAGUUACCAUGCACAUCUAUUAUAUAGAUAAACCCUGGCUCAUUGGCUGCUUGUUGACAUAACACGAUCAUAAAGGAUGAAACAAACUAUUCCAUUAAAAAAUAAUAGAAAAUAA